AUUGACAUUUGCCUGAUGACAUUUCGUAAAUUUGUAAUUUCGUGUAUGUUUUGGUUAAUAUUAUUAAUUUAAAUACGAUUUGAGGUCCAUAGAUUAUAUAUUUUAUGGUCCGGAGGAACUACUUUUUAUAGGAAACGAUUAUAAUUAGUUUAUUUGUGUUUGUGUUCUACUUUACAAGUACCACAAGGUUGUAAUCAUGGGUGAAAGAAAGGGGCAAAAUCUUUACUACCCCCCUGACUACGACCCUACAGUUGGGGGGUUGAACAAGUUUCGCGGUACUCACGCCCUAAGAGAACGAGCUAGGAAGCUCCACAUGGGGAUCCUCAUCAUAAGAUUUGAAAUGCCAUACAAUAUCUGGUGUGACGGUUGCAAGAAUCAUAUUGGAAUGGGCGUGAGGUACAAUGCUGAGAAAACUAAAAUUGGGAUGUACUACACUACCCCAGUGUACCAGUUCAGAAUGAAAUGUCACUUGUGUGAUAACCACUUUGAAAUCAAGACUGAUCCAGCUAACCUAGAUUAUGUCAUAGUGUCUGGUGCAAGACGUCAAGAGAACAGAUGGGACCCGACAGAGAAUGGCCAGAUUGUUCCGGAAACCAAAGAAACACAGAAACGUCUAUUUGACGAUGCUAUGUUCAAAUUGGAGCACAAGGCAGGGGAUGAGGAUAGCAGUAAAAAGGACAAGCCACGGAUCAACAAACUGGUUGUCCGGAAUGAGACAGUGUGGAAAGAUGACUAUGAGGCAAACUGUCACUUGAGAAGGACUUUUAGAAAAAGAAGAAAAGAGCUUGAACAAUCUGCAGUCAAUGAUGGUUUGCUUCUGGCAAAAUCUUCUCUUGACAUUCAUCUCUUGCCUGAAACAGAGGAGGACAGAAAUAUGGCUUCUCUUCUCUCCCUAAGACCAUCACAGAGUAUAGAAGAGUCACAGACCAUCACCAGAAACAAAAUACUUAACACACCAGCUUUGCCAAGUUCCAGUGGACUACUAACCAGCUUUGGGGGGCUGAAAAAAGAGGAAUCACUAAGUAAAAGUUUACCUUUAACAAGAAAUGCUUUAGGAAUUAUGGUUAAAAAGAAUAAAGUUCAAAAUGUAAAUAUAGAACAGGAAACAGGUCAUGUAUCAAUAAAGGCAGCAGAUAAAGUGAAAAAUGGUUUAGAAAUCAAACACUGUGUAAGUGAAAAUAAAAAUGAAAGUAAUUAUAAGAAACAGAAUGAAUGUACAAAUGUGAUUGAAGAGAAAGAAGAUAAUCAAAAUGAAGAUAAAAUUGAAGUGAAUGAUAGAGAAGUGAUUGAAAAUAAUAAAAGUGAAGAAGUGUUUGGAGAAACUAAAACAGACAUUGAACAAUGUAAUAAAGUUUCUUUAGUUGGCGACUAUAGUUCUAGUGGGGAAAAUUCUGAUUAAGAACAUUUUAUUAUUGUAAAUAUUUAUUACCCUGUAUUAAUUAAAAAUACUAUAUUGUUAAUUUAUAAAUUUAAUAAAACUGUUUAUUCUGUUGAAAAA